GAUCUGUCCCUAAGCAUCCUGAGAACAGGACUCGUCGCCGCUCUGCGGAUCCUUUAAAAGACGCCCAGUGCCAUUAAUCUUCCUGCCUCCCUCCUAGCCUGCCCACUCCCGUUGAAACAGCCGAAGAACGAUGUCGCCUACCCAGCACUUCCAGUCGAAGCCCCCCGACUCGUACAGGAGGCGGCUUUCGAGCGUGAUAUCGAGGAGGCGGCCCAAUGUGCCCCAGUUCUCUUCGCUCCAGGCGAUGUGGGCGGGUAUCGCAGGGGGAGUGGUGAAUAACAACACGCAGUUCGAGAUCGCGAUAUCUAUCCACGACUCGGUUUAUGCUACUGAUUAUGCCUCUAUGCAAAUCCCGUACUCACCGAACGGAGAUAAUGGCGAUAAAAUCGAGCAGCAAAUCCUCUCUACACUCAGGAAGUUCUCUGCUGACCAUCUGUGCAAGUUCCUCGGCGCGGGUGUCACUCUGUCGCUGCUCAAGGAGGCCCCGAACCUUUGCACCCGCCUGUGGUUGACUCUGGAUAUAGUGCCCAUAGUAUUCAAUAUCAAGCCUUACCACACUGACUCCGUGACCCGGCCGAACAUUAAGCACCGCUUAUACUCCCAAACUGGCUCCUUUGCGCCCUCUGGUGCCGACACCCCCACUGUCUACGUCGACCCCACUCCCUUGGCCAAAAACAAUGUGCUCGCGCCGGGCACCGCUGCCAACCUCGGUACCCCCACGACCAAGGGUCUACCCAUCCCCCGCACUAUGGACGAACAGGCGGACUCGGCCGCCCGCAAAUGUAUCAUGUACUUCGGCCCGGGUAACAACCCCAGACUGAGCAUCGGGCCCCGCAACCAAGUGCUCGUAGACUCGGCUGGGAAGAUCCACCUCAUCGACGAUUUGGACGAGUACCGCAAGACCGUCAGCUCGGGGACGUGGAAUGCCGUGAACAAACUCGCGGACGAGCUGAGGGAGAAGAAAAUCAAGAUCGGCUUCUUUUCCAGUACGCCCCAAGGCGGUGGUGUCGCUCUCAUGCGACACGCGCUUAUCAGGUUUUUAACUCUCCUUGACGUCGAUGCUUCUUGGUAUGUUCCGAACCCGUCGCCGUCCGUAUUCCGGACGACGAAGAACAACCACAAUAUCCUUCAGGGCGUCGCAGCCCCAAGCCUUCGUCUGACCCAGGACCAGAAGGACAAUUUCGAUGCCUGGAUCCAAAAGAACGGGCUGAGGUGGACGGCAGAAGGAGGCCCGCUCGCGCAGGGCGGCGUGGACAUUGCCUUUAUCGAUGAUCCCCAGAUGCCGGGUUUGAUUCCUCUGAUUAAGCAAGUUCGCCCGGAUAUGCCCAUCAUUUACAGGUCGCAUAUUGAGAUCCGUAGCGACUUGGUGCAUGUCAAGGGUUCCCCGCAGGAAGAGGUGUGGAACUACCUAUGGAAGAAUAUCCAGCUAGCCGAUAUGUUCAUUAGCCAUCCCGUCAAGAAGUUCGUUCCCAGCGAUGUGCCCACAGAGAAGCUCGCCUUCCUUGGCGCCGCGACCGACUGGCUGGAUGGCUUGAACAAGCCCCUCGACACGUGGGACUCCCAGUACUAUAUGGGCGAAUUCCGCUCCCUCUGUGUGCGCGAAAAGAUGCACGAGUUGAAGUGGCCCGCGCGCGAGUACGUUGUACAGAUUGCGCGCUUCGACCCGUCAAAGGGUAUCCCCAACGUCAUCGACUCGUAUGCGAAAUUCCGUAAGAUGCUCGCCGAAAAGACCGAGUUGGAAGAGGACAUCAUGCCCCAACUGUUGAUCUGCGGUCACGGCGCGGUCGACGAUCCUGAUGCCAGUAUCAUCUAUGACCAGGUCACCGGGCUUAUCCACUCGCAGUACUCCCAAUACUCGAACGAUAUCAUCGUCAUGAGACUGCCGCCCAGUGAUCAACUUCUGAACGCUUUGAUGGACAACGCGAAGAUCGCUUUGCAGCUGUCCACCCGUGAAGGCUUCGAAGUGAAGGUCUCCGAGGCCCUGCACACCGGCAAGCCCGUUGUCGCCUCUCGCACCGGCGGUAUUCCCCUGCAGAUCGAGCACGGCAAGAGCGGCUACCUGGUCGAAGUCGGCGACAACGAGACCGUCGCCAAGCACCUCUUCGACUUGUACACCGACGAGAAGCUGUACGACACCAUGAGCGAGUACGCGAGGACCCACGUCAGUGAUGAGGUGGGCACCGUCGGGAACGCCGCGGCGUGGCUCUACUUGGCUAUGAUGUACUGCUCUCGUGGCGAGAAGGUGAAGCCGAAUGGGGCGUGGCUCAACGACUUGAUGAGGGAGGUUACGGGUGAGCCUUAUGCGCCUGAUGAGCCGAAGUUGCCCCGUGUCGUGAACUGAGGGGUCGAGUGCCAUCGAAUAUGAGCUGGUGUUCGGUCCUAGAGGAAUCUAGAAAUCAUACCAUCAGAAGUGUCCUUGCAUUGUAAACUGCUCUCUUGUUCAAGUUGUAGAAAAUCUGUACCUUGUGGUUGGUUGGAUGUGGAAUUGUACACUAGAAAUAAAGAGUUGUUUCCCCGCU